UGAGGCGCGCGUCGUCAGCUCCCGUUGCAGAAUAGUAAUUGUGGGAGUCUACGAUAUAUAUUAAAACUCAUCAGUAAAAAGUUGGCAACAGCGACGGCGAAAGAACAAUGACAAAGGGAGGAGAGAUGGAGUGGAGGGGUCGCCUGACCAUUCCAACACCAUUUGGAUUUGUCUCGGGGAAGAGCAAUUAGGGUAUUUAGAGAGAGAGAGAGACGAACUGUUUGAGAUCUAAGAUCUACCCCUUCUCUGUGAUCAAGGCGCAGAGCGGAAGCGUAGAGGGCGAACAGACAAGGCUAUGGCUGUGGUUCGAUUAUAAAAUAAGGUCGAAGAAAGUCUCUUGUGUUUCUUUGGAAAUGAGGUCGCUUGAGAACUGCUGAAGGAGAGAGGGAGGAGGAGGAGGAGGAGGAGGAGGAGGAGAGGAAAAAGGAAGCUUUUUUAUUGGCGAAGAGCGAGUCUCUCGGUUGCUAUAACAGGGGAAGUGGAGCGAGGAAGCUGCUGCUUGCAUCUAUUUGCUUCGAGCAAUGGACGCCUACGAGGCGACGAGAGUAGUGCUGUCGAGGAUCCAAAGCUUGGACCCGGAGAACGCCCACAGGAUCAUGGGGCUGAUCUUGCUGCAGGAGCACGGCGAGCAGGAGAUGAUUCGCUUGGCCUUCGCCCCGGAGACGCUGCUCCAGUCCGUGGUCUUGAAAACCCUAAAGGAGCUGGGUCUCGCACCGCCCUCGAUUCCCGGAACCCCUUCUGGCGAUGCCUCACCGUUGCUCCUCCGCCAGAACUCCACCUCGCGCCUGCUAGCGGCCUCCUCGCCAUCCUCGUGGGCUCCGCCCCCCGUUUUCUCCCGCUCCAACAGCGGCAUGGGCGGCGAUGGUUUGAGUCCGUCGUUGGAUGAGCACCAGAGCUCUGACGAGCUCGUUAGCCCCAAUAAUCUCGGCCUCUCGCCCUUCUAUGGCGGCGCCGACCUCAUUGAUGAUUUCCACCUAGCGGACCAGUUGUCUUUCCUCGGCGACCACGGCACAGCUCCCAAUUCCAGCCAUGCCCUUUCCGUCGCUGCGAACGCCGGCAGGGGCAGCGAUGCGUUCAACCGGGACAUCGAUUGCCGGAGCCCUAUCGGAAACGGCGACGGCGCGAUGCUCCCCAACAGGAUGGGCUGGGGCAUCAACAGCUACCACCACUGCCGAAGCAGCUCCGCCGCGGACAUUUGCCUCGGCGACCCGGCCUCGGGGUACGGCUGGAAGCCGUGCCUCUACUUCGCGAGAGGCUAUUGCAAGAAUGGAAGCGCUUGCAGGUUUCUCCACGGGCUCCCGGAGGAUGGCGCGGCGGAUAAAAUGGACGCAGCGGUGGAGCAGCAAUGCCAAGAGCUUCUGCAAAGAUCGAAGAGCCAGAGGAUAGGCGACGUCUCGCAUCUUAUGGCGUCCGCCUUCCCCUUCUCACCUACCGGUUCGGUGCCGCCGUCGCCUUCGUCUUCCUCGAGCAAAUGCCUCAACUUCUGGCUUCAGCACCAGCAAAAUGAAAGCCAAAGGGUGGCGACUGCGGCAGCGGCAGCUGCAGCAUUGAUGUUGGCUGGAGACGAUUCCCAUAAGUUCAUAGGUACAUCGAGAAUGGAAAGAAACGAUUUGAUGACAAAUCCUGGCUCAAGGCAGAUCUACUUGACCUUCCCAGCUGACAGCACAUUCAGUGAAGAGGAUGUCUCCAAUUACUUCAGCAUUUACGGGCCAGUGCAAGACGUGAGAAUCCCAUUUCAGCAGAAGAGAAUGUUUGGCUUCGUGACCUUCGUCUACCCGGAAACUGUGAAGUUGAUCCUAGCCAAGGGGAACCCUCACUUUGUCUGUGAUUCCCGGGUUCUCGUUAAGCCUUACAAGGAGAAGGGGAAGAUUCCUGAAAAAUUCAGGAAGCAGCAGCAACAAGCUGAGAACUUGGACCUCCAACAGCUUGUGGGUACGCGGAUGAUGUUGAAUAAUGGCAGUUUCAAUCAGGAACUACUACUAAGAAGAAAGCUAGAAGAGCAGCAACAAGCAGCAGAGCUGCAGCGAGCAAUUGAACUGCAAGCUAUGCGAUUUACGGGGCUCCGGCUCAACCUAAACAACAUAAGCUUCUCAUCUGCUCCAGCAUCCAUCAAUUCUCCCUCCCUUACGGCCACACAACCAAUUGGUAGUGUGGAUAGCAGCAAUAAUGGUUCCAACAUCUGCAGCAGCAGUAGCCAGGAGGAUUCACUGAAUGAGGAGAAGAGCCUCAGUGUUGCUGAAACAGAAGAGAAAUCAAAUGGUGAUGAUAAGAAUGCAGCUGCUGGUGAAUCAAACCUCAAUGAAGACGGCGAUUUGCAAGAAAGCGCUGAUCAUAACUUGCCUGAUAGCCCAUUUGCCUCCCCGGCCAAAUCACUCUUCAUGCUCGAUUCACUCCCUAACAAUGAAGAUGGUACUUCUGUUGUGAAUACAAGCAACAAUGACGACCAUCUAAUAGCCUCCACAUUGUUGCCGAUCACGUCUUUGCCUGACAAGCCCUCUCUAAGCGCAUGCUUCCUCCACAUGCCAAGGUUGCCCUCUGGCCAUGGAGCUGUUGGAAUGUGAAGUUCAAUAUAGCCAAGGGGGAGUGAGCGAGCUCACCCCAUCCAUGUAAGACUCAGUCCAAUAUAGACUCCAUUAGGGGAUCGUGAUCCCUCUCUUUUCUCUCUCAAACUUUUGAUUAUGCAAAAAAGAUAGUGGAAUAUAGCAAAAGAUAAGUUGCAAACGUCCCUGUGUGUGUUUCUCCCUUCUUUUUCCAGCAGUUUUCCAUUGUAAGCUUCAUGGGAAGGCAGUCUAGCCUACCAUUUACUCAUCCAAUUCGCUACUCACAUGCCUUGUACUAAUUACUGUGAUUUCCACCAUAAGUGUUAGCUAUAUCACCACCCACCAAAAUACGACAAUCGUCCACACCAGGUACAGGAAACCCCGGGCAAGGUGACAGAAAAGCCGCACUGAGUCCUGAAAAAGAAUGGAUAGGUUCAGCAAAAGAGAGCAGGAGAGGUGAAGAAGGACCACUGUGAGGUGAAGAGCCAUGAAGGACCACAAGACGGAGCUGGAAGUUGUACAUGCAUGCAUGUGAUGUUCUGCGGUGAUCUUUUCCCCUUGUUCGUCCACUCCUUCAGUCUUUUACGUUUACUGAACCAACCAAUAUUGUAGCGGACCUCAAAAUACACAGAAUUAUUCACAAAUAAAUACUUUCUCUUCCCUUUUCUCCUUUUCUUUCCGUAAGCAAGUAGUUAUGCCUAUGUUCCUCGUUGUGUUCAGCAUCAAAUUAAAAAGACAUGAUGUUGACUAUGAUCUAAUAAUCCGAAUUCUGACUCCUAAGAGGAGCAACAUUCAAA